GGCUACCGUAGUGCAGUGACAACACGGCAAAGCACUUUGGUCAGACUUCGCCUGUGGCUAAGUUGUUAGCACCUAAGUUGCUUCCCAGCUUGUGGAUGCGGACAGUCAGGCUGUGCUAGGCAAUUAACGAGUUGAAACUUGAAAUAGAAGGAAGAUGAGGCUGAAGGAGAUCCAGAGGAUGGCCCACCAGGCAUGGAGUCCUGCAGGACACCAUCCUAUCUACCUGGCCUUGGGGACAUCAGCACAACAGCUGGAUGCCUCAUUCAAUACCACAGCUGCUCUGGAGAUUUUUGAGGUGGAUUUUUCUGACCCCUCUCUGGACAUGCAUCUAAAAGGGUCCUUACCCACCUCAAACAGGUUGCACAGCAUUGUAUGGGUGAACUUUGGAAUGGGAGCAGAUGGUACUGGAGGUAGACUAGUUGCUGGCAGUGAAAAUGGCUCAUUGACUGUAUAUAACCCAGAGGAUAUAAUGAACUCUGGAGCAGAGGCAGUCGUGGGACAGUGUGACAAACACACAGGGCCUGUUCGAGCUCUUGACUUCAACCCUUUUCAGAGUAAUCUGCUCGCAUCAGGGGCAAACGAUUCAGAGAUCUACAUCUGGGAUCUUAACAACUUGGGCAGUCCAAUGACACCAGGAGCAAAAUCUCAGCCUGCUGAAGACAUCAGUGUUGUGUCCUGGAACAGGCAGGUUCAGCACAUCCUGGCCUCUGCAAACCCCAGUGGGAAAGCAGUUGUGUGGGACCUGAGGAAGAACGAGCCCAUCAUCAAAAUCAGUGAUCACAGCAACAGGAUGCAUUGCUCAGGAAUGCUGUGGCACCCAGAUGUGGCCACUCAGUUGGUGCUGGCCUCUGAAGAUGACCGACUGCCAGUCAUCCAGAUGUGGGACCUACGUUUUGCAACAUCACCACUCAAAGUUUUUGAGAAUCACACAAGGGGAAUUCUGUCCAUAUCCUGGAGCCAAGCAGACUCCGAGCUCCUGCUGAGUAGUGCUAAAGACAACCGAAUCCUGUGCUGGAAUCCAAAUACUGGAGAGGUCAUUUAUGAGCUUCCGACAACAAACCAGUGGUGUUUUGAUGUCCAGUGGUGCCCCAGGAAUCCGGCCCUGCUUUCUACAGCAUCAUUUGAUGGGAGAAUCACUGUGUAUUCUGUGAUGGGAGGGAGCUUGAAGGCUCAGCAACAAAGCACAGUUGAUAAGAUAUCAUCCUCUUUUGACACAAUGGAUCCCUUUGGUACAGGGCAGGUGUUGCCUCCCCUGCAAGUCCCUCAGCCUACAACACAGGACACCAUAGUUCCUCCUCUGAAGAAGCCACCUAAGUGGGUGCGCAGGCCAGUUGGGGCUUCCUUUGCUUUUGGUGGAAAGCUUAUAACCUUUGAGAAUACCAAGCUGCCUCCAGCGCAGAGCCCUCAGCCUGUCCCCAGGCAAGUGUUUGUGAGUCAGGUUACCACGGAGACCGAGUUCCUCCAACGCUCCAGGGAGCUGCAGGCGGCGCUGCAGACGGGUUCCUUCAACAACUACUGCCAGACCAAGAUCCAGAGCGCCAAGUCAGAUGCUGAGCAGGACAUAUGGAAGUUCCUUCUGGUUAAUUUCGAGGAUGAAGCCCGCAUUAAAUUCCUCAGACUUUUAGGUUUCAGCAAAGAUGAAUUGGAGAGAAAGAUUUCAAAAUGCCUUGGAAAGAAUUUUCAACCCAACGGACAUGGAGUAGACGCCAAAGAUCUAGCAGAAAAGAUGCAGCGACUUUCCACUGAGAGAUCUGAUGAAUCAGCUGCUGUAGGUGAUGAGAGAACAUCAGGGUCUGUUUCACCAGCAGACUUCUUUAGUCAGACUCCAAAGGAAAACUCAAACUUCCAGAUCCCUGUAUCAUGUGAUACUGAUGGGUUGAUAAGCCAAGCACUCCUGGUUGGCAACUUUGAGGGAGCAGUCGACCUUUGUCUGAAUGACGGUCGCUACGCUGAAGCCAUCCUCCUGUCCAUCAGCGGGGGAGAAGAGCUGCUCAAGAAAACUCAGCAAAAAUACCUGAGCAAGCAAAAGAACAACAUCUCAAUGCUUAUAUCAUCAGUGGUCACCCAAAACUGGAGAGACAUAGUGCAAAGUUGUGAAUUGGACAACUGGAAGGAGGCUCUUGCUGCUCUCCUAACCUACGCAAACCCUGAAGACUUUGCCCGUCUCUGCGAUACACUGGGAGGACGGUUGGAGCACGAGGGGACAGAGAAGCGCUGCCUGCAGGCCUGCUUGUGUUACAUCUGCUCUGGCAAUGUUGAGAAGCUGGUGGAGUGUUGGGCCUUGCAUAGAGACUGCUCCUCCCCUCUUGGUUUAGAGGAUCUGGUUGAGAAAGUAAUGAUGUUGCGCAAGUCAAUCGAACGCCUGCGCAAUAGUGAGGUUGCAGUUCAGAGCCCCAUCCUGGCUGAGAAGCUAACCUGCUAUGCAGGCAUACUUGCUGCAGAGGGCAGUCUGUCCACUGCUAUGACCUACUUGCCUGAGAACUCAGACCAAUCUGGGAUUAUGAUGCUGAGAAAUAGACUGUUUCAUGCUCAGGGAGAGGCUGCAGUUGGACAGCAGCCUCCAAAUUCCUUCAACAGAGUUGGUGUGUCGACAGCCAAGUCUGUUGCUCAGACUCCUGUACCAAAAGCACAAGUAAUGAGCCAAUACCAACCCACUGCCCCCGCCCAGUUAGCUUCACAAUCGCAGCCUCCUAUACCAUCUAUUUUCACCCCAAAAGCUCCUCCAACCAACACUGGGCCUGGUUUGCCGCCCUCUUCUCAUGUACUGCCGCCCUCUGCAGCUCGUCCUGCCAUGGGGCCCUCCUUCCCACAACAUCAUCCUCCAGCUCCAGGUUUCCUUCCUCAUCAGCCAUUCCAGCCACAUCCUAUGUCCAUGGGCGGACCCUCUGCUUUCCCUCCUCCAGGUCCUUCUAUGCCAGCUGCUAGCUUAUCAGGUCCUCCACUACCACCUCCAUCAUCAGCUUCUGGUGGUCUUCCCCCCAUGCCCAGCCCCGGGGUGCCACCAACACUCUUCAUGCCAUCAACCUCCUUAUCUUCAAGCUUCAUGCCGCCCAGCUCCCAGCCAGGAGCCCCAGUCCCCUUGUACCCUGGCGUUGCUCGCAACCAGGGACCUGCUCCCCCCAUGGCACCAGGUCCCUAUGCUCCUCUGGGAUCAGGGUAUCCACAAGGAGGCCCCGGAGCCCCUGCUGUUCCUCCUCCUCCUACAGGACCUCAGGAAGGCUGGAAUGACCCACCAGCAGUCAGAGGUGGACCCAGGAAGAAGAAGAUGCCAGACAACUAUACUCCACCGGCCCCCAUCACGGCCCCCGUGAUGGGCUUCUCUGGGGACACACCUCAGCCUCACAACCACACUCAAGUCCCACCCGGAGCCCCACAGGAGCCCAGCGUGCAGCUCCUCCAGCAGCUGCCGGCAGAGAGAGUGGAGCAGAAAGAAAUCCCCGCUGAACACAUGGUCCUCAAAACCACCUUUGACAGCCUGGUGCAGCGCUGCCAGUUUGCAGCAGGAGACCCCCAAACGAAAAGGAAACUGGACGACGCAGCCAAACGUUUGGGAUACCUUUAUGACAAGCUGAGGGAGCAGUCGCUCUCUCACAACAUCCUGAACGGGCUCCACGAGAUCAGCCGUUGCGUGGCGAGCCAGAACUACCAGCACGGCCUGGAGGUCCACACCCAGGUGGUCAGCAGCAGCAACUUUAGCGAGAUCUCUGCCUUCAUGCCCAUCCUCAAAGUGGUCAUGACCAUCGCCAACAAGCUGGGAGUCUAACCCCAGGGAACUUCAGCAACCAGAUUUCAGUGUUAUCAUAUUGUUAUAUAUGUAUUUAUUUCUUUUUGACCUGAUGACGUGCUUAACUACCAAUAAUAAUACUGAUAUUGAUCUUCACUCCAUACAUGUUCCUUCCUGGAGGACUUGUCUGAUUGGGGCAGUACGGUGGAUCUUUUUUUUUUUGUAGUAAUAAAUGUUGCUGUGGUCAUUUUACAAAAAGAUGAAUGUAUGCUGAAAGUGGUGAUUCUGUUUGAAUUCCAAAUUGAUGUAACAUACAAAGCAGGUGGUGUGAAGUUUGAAUCAAGGUGGCAUUUGUACAUUUAGAUUAACAUAGUGCUUUACAUACCACUGCUGUUUUUUUCCAUCUCACGUCAUCAGCAGUUGAAAACGUAUGGGAUUUGAAUACAUGCGUUGCUGCAGCUACAAAAACACAAAAUCAGGCACAAGGGGGACUCACAUUUGAGUUGUGGUUAUGAACCAUCUGUUGGUGUAGUUUGUGUGUGUGUGGGGAGAGAAAAAAAAGUAUCUUUGAAUGAACAAGCAUCAAAAGCAUUAAAAAAAACACGCUGUAACAUAAGUACUGAUUGUUCUCUUCACCUGCUGUUACAGAUUGUGUCCAGUUUAUUGUGCCAUGAGGUCAGAGCAAAGCAUUUCAGCAACGAUUUCACUCAAAGGUUAUCAUGUUUUUUUUUCCUUUUUCUCAUUGAAUAUUAAAUUAGUCCUAUUAGCGCGUUGAUUACUGACAGUUUGUGUGAAUGAAUGGCCGUUAAUGACUUUACUCCUUUCAAUGCUGACUUGCUCCUGUGUGCAUGUUCUCCUUGUGAACUUGUUCACUCACAUGACGGUUGACAAGAAAUAUUUAUUUGCUGUAUUAUGUCGGAAAAUGAAUUAACAUCCUCACGUCUCCCGUGUGUUAAAGAUGCUUUUCCUAUCACGCUUCAUCUUUUGUAACUCUGAAUGAUUUUUAAAUAAAUCAUACUUGUCAAGAUUAUGACACACAAUUGAAAUGAACUGUUAAAUGAGCUGAGUGCUUUGAGGUGUGUAGCUGGACAUAAAAGCUGGACAGUUUGGUGUAUCAUGGCAGCAGAAGGCAGGAAAGUGCCUCGGUGUGCUCAUUUUGGUUGCACAGAUAUUUAUACAAUCCACGUUGCUUACUUUACUCAUUUCGGUAUCUUUUUUUCAAAUAAAAUUCCUCUUCUAA